UGUAUUCUUUGCCAACGUCUACGAGGUACUGUUGGAUUUAAAUAGACGACCACGGUCCUCUUCUCAGUAAAUGUUGGCAACUCAUCCCUCGAGUAUCCGGUCUGACUUUGACGACUGUAGGCCAGUAUCUCAGAAACGCACUCUGAGCUUCCAACUGUAAGCUUGGGAGAGUCGCCUUGAGGUUCACUUGACCUUCUCUCGGGUUUAGUAAGACGUUGCCUGAACUAGUAAAUAUCUCAACCUUCAUCAUGUCUACGGAGAAGGAGGUUCCUCGGGGCACUCACGUCGAGGGCACCGAGGACCACGCUAUCAGUGCUGCUCCCGUCCAUGACAGUAUUCACAAUGCAGCUGGAAAGGGCCAGCUUGCUACCGACAAAUAUGGCCACUCCCUCGUCGAAUUCGACCCGGUCGCGGUACGAAAGCUACGGUGGAAGCUCGACUUACAUACCAUUCCUACCGUAGCAUUACUGUAUCUCUUCUGCUUCAUCGACCGUGCUAAUAUUGGUAACGCAAGAAUCGCCGGCCUCGACAAAGACCUCGAACUCAAAGGCUACGACUACAACAUGAUCCUCUCCGUCUUCUACAUCUCCUAUAUCCUCUUCGAGAUCCCCGCCACAAUCGCCUGCAAAGCAAUGGGCCCCGGCUGGUUCCUCCCCAUCACCACUCUCUUCUUCGGCAUCGUCUCCAUUUGCACCGCCUUCGUCCAGGACCGCGCCGCCAUCUGCGGCGUCCGCUUCCUUCUCGGCAUCUUCGAGGCCGGCAUGCUCCCCGGCAUCGCAUACUACCUCUCCAGAUGGUACCAGCGCGCCGAGUUGACGUUCCGCCUGUCACUCUACAUGGUCAUGGCACCCCUCGCCGGCGCGUUCGGCGGCCUGCUCGCAUCCGCGAUCCUCACACUCGACUCCUUUGGCAGUCUGCACCGCUGGCGUAUGAUUUUCGCCAUCGAGGGCAUCGUCACUGUCGUUCUGGCCAUCAUCUCCUUCUGGACUCUUACCGACAGACCCGAGACGGCAAGGUGGUUGACGCAAGAGGAGAAGGACCUCUGCAUCGCCCGCGUGAAGUCGGAGCGCGUCGGUGCCACGGAGGUGAUUGACAAGAUUGAUAAGACGAAGCUGAAGCGCGGUAUGCUCAACCCCGUCACCCUCGAGAUCGCCGUAAUCUUCCUCUUCAACAACAUCACGGUGCAAGGCUUGGCCUUCUUCCUCCCUACUAUUGUCAGCAACAUUUACCCGACCUUUUCGACGGUCCAGAAGCAGCUGUACAGCGUGCCACCCUACGUUGUUGGCGCGUUCUUCACGGUGGCCUUCCCCGGGUUGAGUUGGUACCUUGACAGAAGGCAGGUUCUCAUCGCGAUGAGCGCGCCGAUGGUGAUGACGGGGUAUAUCAUGUUCCUCGCGUCAAAGGUAGCUCGCGUGCGUUACGGAGCGACGUUCCUCAUUGCCAGUUCCGCCAUGGUUAUGGGCCCCAUGUCCAACGCCCACAUCAGCGCUAACGUCGUGAGCGAUACGGCGCGAAGCAGUGCCAUCGGUCUCAACGUCAUGUUCGGCAACAUCGGCGGUCUCAUCUCAACAUGGUCCUACCUCUCCUGGGACGCGCCCGACUUCCACAUCGGCAACGGUCUCAAUCUCGGCGCGGCGAGCAUGAUUUUCAUCCUGGCUACCGCGGCGUGGUUUUGGAUGAAGUGGGACAAUAAGCGCCGCGACGAUCGGAGUAUCGAGGAGGAGCUUGCUGGGUACUCGGAGCAGGAGAUCCGGGAUUUGGAUUGGAAGCACCCUGCUUUCCGGUGGAGGACCUAAAUUUCCACUGGCGCUUUGGGUUGGAGUGGAAUGGAUUGAGAUAUAUGUACGGUGGCUGACUCCCGGCUUGAUAUACAUACCCGCGGAGGGUUAGAUGGAGGGUGAUCAUGAAAUGCUACAUGACUUAUGAUAAUGAAAGGAUAUCGCGC